GCCAGACGUUACAGAAGAGAGCAGAUGUAGUUUCACGCACCCACAAGUUUAAACAACGGUCGUCUUUAAAGUUUCAGUUCUAAUUUGAAAUAAAUUGUGCUGAAUGUGCUGAACUCGAGCUCGACGUAUUGGCAGAAGUCGCAAAAAGGAUUUAUCCUGGACUGGUGAACUGCUGAACUCGGGGUUUAACCUGCAAUGACCUCUGGGAUGUAUUUGGAUAACAGGACAGAGAUGUAUGCCUAUAACUCAUCCAUGGCAAACUCAUCAGGGGAAGAAUAUGAAUACGAAUACUAUGACGAUGAUGAACAUACAGAACUCAGGCAGUCACUCAAUAUCAUGUCACUCAUGGUCUACUGUCUGGCCUUUUUACUCGGAGUUGUUGGGAACGGCAUUGUGAUCUGGGUGUCUGGAUUCAAGAUGAAGAAGACAGUGAAUACAGUCUGGUUUCUCAACCUGGCGAUAGCAGACUUCCUUUUCACUGCUUUUCUGCCCCUCAGUGUGGCUUACACGGCUAUGGGCUUCCACUGGCCGUUUGGUCGUUUUAUGUGCAAAUUUAACAGCACCCUCAGUUUCCUCAACAUGUUUGCCAGUGUGUACAUCCUGGUGGUGAUCAGCGUGGACCGCUGCGUGUCUGUGGUGCGUCCCAUAUGGGCACAGAACCACCGGAGUGUGGGCCGAGCGUCUGCGCUAAGCGCUGCGGUCUGGGCCUUCGCCUUGCUCUUGAGCUCGCCGUACUUUGUCUUCAGGGACAUUGCGCCAGCCUACAACAACGAAAACAUAAUCAACUGCUUCAACAACUUUGGAUUUUUCGACGACGACAAAACAACGAAGGGGAUGGAGCUGGGACUCCGACGACUCCGGGCCAUGACCGUUACACGCGUUGUACUGGGCUUUGUGGUGCCUUUUUCUGUCAUUGUCUUCUGUUAUGCUGUCAUAAUCCAUCGCCUCAAAAGAAAUCGAUCGAUGUCUGGUCGCACUGGGCGCCCUUUUAAGAUCAUUGCUGCUGUGAUCGCUACCUUCUUCCUGUGCUGGGCUCCAUACCACAUCCUAGUGCUGAUUGAAAUGGCCAACCACAUGGCAACUGAGACUAACCCCACCUUAGAGCAUAUCAUAGUCAUUGGCAUUCCUAUUGCCACCAGUUUGGCUUUCCUUAAUAGUUGUCUGAAUCCAUUGUUGUAUGUGUUCAUUGGUCAAGAUUUUAAGGACAAGAUGAGGAAGUCUAUUCUGAAGGUGCUAGAGACAGCAUUCACAGAAGAGGUAUCUCGCACCAACACCUAUACAAACUCCAUGGUCACCAGUCGUGGCAAAGAACAUGGAAGUAAGUCUUUUUCUGAUGCAGAGGUGUAAUGGACAAAUGCAAAUGCUCUUUAUUUAUGAGAGGGCGUACUCUGUGGUGAUUUUAGCACUUAUAUAGACCUGUGUAGCAGCUCAAGCCUUUAGUUGAAAAUCAAAGGAAGUAUCUGGAUAGACCAAAAAUAAUUUUCUUUUAGGAGCAUAUUAGAAAUACAGAAAUAAAAUGCGCUACACUAAGUUGCAAAUAUUUUUGUCCAUGACUAUACUCUGUGGAGCAAUAGCUGAUGUAGUGAAAACAUUAAUAUAAAAAAGUGCAGAUAAUGAGAUAUGAGUGUCUGUUAAGACUGAAUGAUCCUUUUGGACAUUCAUACCAGUGCUUAGGAACGUCAACAUAUCACUGUCUGAAACAAGCUCAGAAAUUAAUGAAGUGUAAAGGACGUGGUAUCAGGGACUUCGUUGGACUGUGAAGUUAGCAUUGCUGGUUUUUAAAAUAGCAAACAUCAAAAGUAUAGUUUGUCUUUUCUGGCAGAUGACAGCUGACAGCUGACAGUCCAUGACUUAAAUUCUGCAAUAGAGAGCAAUGCAUUGUACCACUGCUAUCAAAAAGCAUAUAUUAAUAUCUUACAUAUUGCACAGUCUAAGCAUGAUUUUCCUCUGGUCUUUUGUUUUUUUAAGACUCAGCAGUCUUCCCUGUUAUAUCAGAUUAUUAGAAACACAUGUUAGACAGUUUUUCUGUUAGUUUUGUUUUACAUUGGUAUAAAUUUAGAUGAUUGGAAGACUUGCUCCACUAGCUAUCAUCACAGUACAGCUAUUAGACUAUACAUUUCUCAACUAUCAACACUGAUUUGCAACAAUGGACUAAUUCUCUCAACAAUGAAUUAGUUCUCGCAAGGAAUAACCUCAGUUACUAUGGCUACUAUGGCUUAAGAGGAAUUUAAGCAUAAAACAUUAGAUAAAAUUUAAGACUGUUCCAAAGAUGGAAGUAGAUUUAGGGAGAAUUAGAAACAAGCAAGUAACACUAGGACUAUAUUUUUCUUCUGGUGUGUAAUGAAUUUAUUAUUACAGGUCUAUUGUGUCAUCCUAAGUGCUCUGUGUAUGAUUUAGCACAGUGAAGACCUUAAUAGACAUUUAGCACUUUUUAUGCACUUCUUGAAAUGUAUGUAUACAGUGUAUCUUACUAAGUAUUUCAUUUAUGUCUUGCCACCCAAUUGGUUUAUCUAGUAUAUUUAUUUAGACAUUCUUCUUUACAUACUCUUUCUAAAUUGAUUGUGUUCCUUUCUUUUAUCACCCCUUAAAUGUAUUUUGUAGAUGUAAACCACUAACAACAAUAAAUGCUUUUAAAUACUUAAAUAAAUUAAUGUACAUAUGGUCAGAGUCAUCAUAAACCACAGUUUCUCUCUGAAGUCAUUCUGGAUUAAAUAUCUAUGUCCUGAAACUCUACCUCUGUAGCCAGGAGCAACUGAUUAACAUAUAACAAAGUAAUAUCAGAGGCACUGUUGGUGCUGGAUGCAAAGAAGAAGGUAUCACUGAAAUAUCAAACAUUGACUAUCAGGCAUUUUGGAACUGGAAGGUUAGGAUACAGCAUAAUGGCAAGCUUGGGAAUGCACCAGGAACGGAGGUCAGUUUCCUCCUUGAAUAGUUAUUCUGCAGAGAGGCUUGGGAAACAGGAAUAAAA